AUGGUCAUUGUGGACAAGUCCGGAGUUCAUCGCCUGGAGGUUCGAUGCUGUGAAUGUCCGAAUGCCAUGAGUCCGGACAUUCAAAUGUUUCGACACAGAUUUUUCCCUGCAUCUUUCAACAGGCCAAAGACUGUGUUCACCUUAGACCUUGAAUGCGGCACCUCGGCGAUGAACUAUUACAGCAAGCUCCGGAGAAUGACCUCCAGCAUGUUUCCACACCUUGUUCCGGACCGAUACAGAGAGCUCAUGAGGGUCGCUCGACAGUGGAGGCAGUUGAAGACAAUGAAAUGGCAUGGCUUUGGCCAUCGUUCUGAUAACCCGAGCACAGGAGAACUCGCAUUAUUUUGCCCGGCAUGUCCUCAGCCUGGGAUUAAUGUGCUGUUGUCAGAGGAUGAAUCACUUGAUGACGAUCCAAGCUGGAAAUACACCCGGUCAUUUGUGAUGGACGGAAAUUUCAAAGCGGAACAUCUGCAUCCCAUUAAGCCAUUCGAUGAAGUUUGGCUGUCCGAUGGGCUUGGAUUCAUGGUAGGAAAGGACAGGUAUAAAAUGCAUCUGGCAGAGGCUGCUGACACGGUGGAAAAAUCAAGCUGCAACAACCACCGGGCAGUAAAUCAAGCUAAUGCUGCUCGGCACAAGCUGGAGUCCACCGGUAUCGGGGGAGUUGCCUGUGCCAGACACGGUUGCUUUGUCCCUCACUCCAUGGUGGAUUUUCAGAAAGGCGAAAGGCAAGCCACAUCCACCAUUAAGCAUUCACGAGUUAACCAUGGGUCACUUGCAGACAAAUGA